AUGAGCACAACCGAUGGCACUAACAUUAGUAAAUACGCAAAAAACAAUCAAAUGCUCUCAUCGUUUGCUGGUUUUCGUCGUUUUUUGCCGACAGAUAAAUCAGUGAAAGGUAUCGUUAUUGGUGGAUUUACCGGUGGUAUCGAAAUAUGUAUUACAUUUCCGACUGAAUAUGUUAAAACGCAGUUACAAUUAGAUGAGCGUUCAGCACAUCCAAUUUAUAAAGGUCCGAUAGAUUGUGUUAGGAAAACGGUACAGACUAAUGGGUUCUUUGGCUUGUAUCGCGGAUUAUCUAUAUUAAUCUAUGGUUCAAUUCCAAAAUCAGCUCUUAGGUUUGGAACAUUUGAAACUUUGAAAGGAUAUGCCGUUGAUUCGAAUGGUAAUCUUACACCGAUGUGGAGACUCUUUUGUGGCUUUGGUGCAGGUCUUUCGGAAGCAAUAUUUGCUGUUACACCAAUGGAAACAAUUAAAGUGAAAUUUAUUCAUGAUCAGCAGUUGGCUAAACCAAAAUUUAAAGGUUUUUUCGGUGGUUUGAAGACAAUCUUGCAAACUGAAGGUUUCCGGGGUCUAUAUCAAGGUGUUACAGCUACAAUGGCAAAACAAGGUUCUAACCAAGCAAUUCGAUUUUUUGUAAUGGAAACUUUGAAGGAUUGGUAUCGUGGCGGGGAUAAUUCAAAGACGGUUAGUAAACCAGCUACAGCGCUAUUUGGUGUAUUUGCUGGUGCAUGUUCGGUAUAUGGUAACACACCGAUUGACGUUGUAAAAACUCGGAUGCAAGGCUUAGAAGCUAAAAAAUACAAGAAUACUAUUAACUGCGCCUAUCAGAUUUUGAAAACUGAAGGAUUCUUCGCAUUUUACAAGGGUACUGUACCUCGGCUAUGUCGCGUCUGUCUCGAUGUCGCAUUAACAUUUACUUUAUACGACUCGAUCAUGGAAUAUGCCAACAAAUUAUGGAAAACUUAG